AUGUGUGUACACACUGUCAUUCGAAACACGUGGAAAAACAACUGUAGAAGAACCUUGCGUGCAUAAUUUUAUUUUUCACCUAAAAAAGGCAUAUUUACGGCCUAAAUAUGUCGAUCCUGUAUGUUCUGUACGAACAUGCGGCUGGCUUCUCGGUCUUCUCCGUCAAGGAGUUUGAGGAGGUCUCCAUGUUCCUUCCCCAGGUGGAGUCCUCCGUCACGGAUUUCGCCAAGUUCAAUUCGAUUGUGAAGCUGGCUGGCUUUGCUCCCUUCAAAACGGCCAUUGCCGCCUUGGAGAACAUCAAUGCUAUUUCCGAGGGCAUUGUGCCCCAGGAUUUGCUGCAUUUCCUUGAUGACUUCUUCGCUAAGCUGAAGAAGAAGAAGUGCACGCUGGGCAUAGCCGAUGCGAAGCUGGGAGCUGCCAUCACCGAAGCAAUUGGUGUACAGUGCAGCCAAGUUGGUGUCGUGCCUGAGAUUCUGCGCGGUAUACGCUUCCACUUUGCCAAGCUGGUCAAAGGAUUCACCGAUCAGUCGGCGGGUGUGGCACAGCUGGGUCUGGGCCACAGCUACUCGCGUGCCAAGGUCAAGUUCAACGUCCAUCGUUCGGACAACAUGAUCAUUCAGUCGAUUGCCCUGCUGGACCAGUUGGACAAGGAUGUGAACACGUUCUCCAUGCGGAUACGCGAGUGGUACUCCUACCACUUCCCAGAACUGGUCAAAAUUGUUCCCGACAACUACAUGUUCGCCAAGGCAGCCAAAUUCAUUAAGGACCGCAAGAACUUGACCCAAGACCUGCUUGAGGACCUUGAGAAGAUUGUGAUGGACUCGGCCAAGGCACAAGCCAUCAUUGAUGCCGCCAAAAUGUCCAUGGGCAUGGACAUAUCCAUUGUGGAUCUGAUGAACAUUGAGAUGUUCGCAGAGCGAGUUGUCAAGCUUUCUGAAUACCGCAAAAAGCUGUCCACCUAUUUGCACAACAAAAUGAACCUGGUGGCUCCCAAUCUGCAGUCGCUGAUUGGUGAUCAGGUCGGUGCUCGCCUCAUCUCGCAUGCCGGCAGCCUGACCAAUUUGGCCAAAUACCCAGCAUCGACAGUACAAAUUCUGGGCGCUGAGAAGGCGCUCUUCCGCGCCCUCAAGACCCGCUCUAAUACCCCCAAAUACGGUUUGAUCUAUCACUCUUCGUUCAUCGGGCGGGCUGGCCUCAAGAACAAGGGACGCAUCUCGCGUUUCCUGGCCAACAAGUGCUCGAUUGCCUCCCGCAUCGAUUGUUUCCUGGAUCAGCCGACCAGCGUGUUUGGCGAGUCCCUAAAGCAGCAGGUCGAGGAUCGGCUCAAGUUCUACGAGUCGGGAGAUGUGCCGCGCAAAAACAUUGAAGUCAUGAAGGAGGCCAUCGAGGCGGCUGAACAAGAAGCGGGCGCCAAUGGAAAUGCGGCUCCCCAGUCUGAGAAAAAGAAGAACAAGAAGAAGAAGCGCGCAGCUGGCGAGGAUGAGACCGAGGCGAAUGGCUCCAGCAAUGGCAAUGGAGCUGCCGCCGCCGAUAAUGGCAAUGGCAACGAUGACGGGGAGCCCAAGAAGAAGAAGAAAAAGAAGAACAAAAACAAGGAAGCCGUGGAGGCGUAAUGACCACAGCCCCACCUCAACAUUCAGCUUAGUUUUAGGUUCCCAAUAUGGUUUUACUUUAUACACAUUUUUCUUCUGUAUUUUCAUUUAGUCGCCACUUAAAUUUCAAUAAACAAUUAUGUACUCGGGGUAUUCCCUCAGAAAAACAA